CACCAGCGGCCAUCAGCUGCCGCAUGAGCCAUCAGCGCCAACGAAUACAUAACCUAACCUGAAGAAAAUUUUCGACGGCAGAAAAAUUCCCUAGUUUUGCAACAGUGUUGUCGAGUAAAAUAUUGCCAGUAAUAAUCACUAAUCGGUAAACAAGGCCACGGAACUCGGAAGGCAUUUUGUUAGUUAGCUUCGUAAAAACAGGUCAGCUGUCAAAGAAACGACGUUUUUCGUCCAAAUGUUUUUCAACAAUAAUAUUUUUCAUUACUUGUGACGGAGAUAACGUUGCACCAAGGCACGUUUAUUUGGAUUUUGCACUAGAGUCAGGUGUUUAUUGACAACUACAGAAUGACAUUAAUAGAAGGUGUAGGUGAUGAAGUCUUAGACUUUUUUAUUGUUGUUGGAGUCUUGCUAGUUGGAUACAUAGCUUGGUGUUCAACAAACAUUGCUGAUCAACCAUUGAUACGCACAGUGCUAAUUUUACAGCACCGAACUCGCUCCCGUAUUGCUGCAUUACGAGCCAAUCAACAAGUACUGGCUUUGGCUCAGCAGCAACGCAGUACUGACAGCUCUGAAAACGAAUCAAGGCAGUCGAAUUCGGGAAGUAGUAGUGAGGUAGAAGCUAGUUGUCCAGAAUCGUCUCUUCCUGCCACAAGUCAAGCUUCUAACGAAUCUACUGAAACUCCAGCUGCAACAAAUGAGGAAGUUCUCAUACAAGCAAUGGAUUCUUUCAACAAUGAAGAAACAACAUUACUGCAACAAGAAACUAAAGUAGAUAAGGAUGAAAAAACGACGACGGAAACAGAGACAACGACAGCAUCUGCAGAACCAGAACAAGCAGAGCCAGAUAUUUCUGAUAAUAAUGAACAUAAGAUUUGCAUAAAACUAAAAUUUAUUAAUGAUGACCAAAAGCUAGUUACUGGUAAUCUUAAAGAAUCUCUAGGUGACUUCAAGCGGAGACACUUUCAAUUAGAACUUGACUCAAGAAAAAUGGUUCGUCUAGUCUUUAACGGCCAGGUCCUUCAACCUGAUAAUCAUACAUUAGAGCAGUAUGGAUUUUUUCACAAUUGUGUUGUGCAUUGUUUAAUUCACCAACCUCGCCCAGCCCCAGCUGCUUCAAGCACAUUGGACAGUUCUUCACGAAUGUACUUCAAUCCACCUUUUCAAAAUAUGCCAGCUGGUGCAGGCCUUGGCUCAGUACAAACCGAAUGGGACCUCAGUAGACUGAUGGUCAGCGUUGUAACUCUUAUCUUAGGCCUUGCUUGGUACUUCAGAUAUCAUUAUGCCCAGUUAUUUACUGUUACUACAACAGUUGGCUUAUUUGGACUCACAGCCAUAUUUACAGUUUCCUUGUUUGGUCAUCUGUUUCCUGAUCAAGAUAGUAUCAGGAACAUUGAAUAAAAUGAAAAAUGUUGGCUAUUGGAGUGCAAAUUUCAAUUUUACCAAUCCAGAUAAGGAAUUGAAGGUUCAUUAUGAAAAUAAUGCAAAUAUAGCUUAACUUGUUUUGAGUAUGCGUUGGUGAUAAAAACAAGAAAAAAAAAGAAAAAAACAAGUUAAACCACAUCUAUAAUUUAAUUUAUAUAAAUAAAUAACAAGUUUUGCUUGAAAUCGUCACUGACUGAUUGGAAUUAAAUAUUUACCUAUACCUACAAAGAUCAAGAAUUUAAAAAUGAAGAUGGUAAAAAUCGUGGGGUCUUUUAAUGAGGAUCAUCAAGAAAAAAUAAAAACAAAAAAGAUAGAAAGAUUAAAUGUUGUACAUUCUUGUGUUUCAAAAAGCAUUUAUUGAAGAUUUUCCAACAGAGUGAAAUACUGUGCUAGUGUUUGCAAUCAUCAUUGUUGUAUAUUGUAACAUGACAUUGUUUUCCCUCGUCUUCUUUUUGUUAAGCUGUGGCGUUAUGGUUACGUAUUAUAGUUUUCUCUUGCUCAUCAUGAAAUAAUUAAAAAUCCAUUACUUGUCUCUUGAAAUAUAUUUAUUUUAUUCGAAUAAAAAUAAUUAAUGUUUUGAUUCUAAA